UGAACGAAUUUUUAACAAAAAUUAACGAUGAAAAUUAUAUUUUAUUUAAUUUGGUCGAGUGCGUGUUUAGUAUUCAUUAUUCAUUUACUUUUAAAUGCACAAUGUUUUUCUGUUUAAAAGAUAUUUUGUUUUUAGUUACGCCGUCGCUUUUAAAAUGGUUGUUAUGGGUGUCAUUAGAACUUUUCCUUGUUUUAAUUUAACCUUUUGAUAUAGACAAUAGUAGCCUUAAAUAGAAGCUUUAUAAGUGGCUUACGAUGUACACUUCGACUAUUAAAUGCUAAACAAGUUUUUCUAUUAAAAUUAAUGUUAUUCUAGUGCAUUAAUCGUUCUCGAAUUCAAGUCUCCCGCCUAUCGUUUCCUUUAAUAUGUGGAAAUAAAAUUAACGUGAACUCUUUGUUAAUCUCCUUAGAUUAAAGAGAAGCAAAUCGUAUCAGAUUGAUAAAUUCAAAUAUUUUAAAUUGUCAUAUUCUCUCAUGCGAAAUGUAUUAAAACAGUAUAGGGCUACCACAAUCUACCAAUUUCCCAGAACAUUAAGGAUCAUUUUUACUUCGAAGCUCGAGUGGCAAACCGCUGGAUAAUUCAUCUACAAUUACCACCUGCCCAUUUCUGAAUUUCUAGUUUAAUUAGCAUAGUCGACGAAAUUAUCUAGAAAGUUUGUUUGGUCCGACGAUUGUGUUGCAGUUGUCAUUACCAUCUUUGAAGAGAAAAUCUUCAUUUCAGCGGCUACCAGAAUCCCAUUAAUGACUAAAACAGACAUCACGCGACUCGACACUGCAUCCCUUAGCUCGAUCGCUGUUUAAUUCGUAUGAACUUUCAUCUCUGUUCUGCUUGCGACUGGGCGGGACAAUGCAUAUGCUAUUUUCUCACACGCUUCUUUAUUAUCAUCACCGUUUUCUCUUUGCCCGUUCUAUCUCCGAAGUAUCGUUAAUGAUUGCUUUUGCCGGUAUCCUAAAAUACCUUAAUUUAUUUUGGGACAUAUAUCGGCAGGUAGAUGAUCAGUUUUGCCAAUAAGUAGCACACGAAAUUCAACCGCCCAGACCAGAAGUGAGACAGAGGUUAGUUGAUACCACAAAAGAGCUAGAAAAUGCAUCUCAGAAUAUAACUUAUUAGUAAGAUACUUCUAUAUUAAUAAGUUAGUACAAAAGUUUCGUCUAUAAAUGAUAAGGAGAGAGAACCAGUUUGCGUUUUUAAUAAUAAAUAAAUUGUGCUAGCUGCUUCGAAAAGUGGAUUAAUUGCGGUUGUCGUCUAGACUAAAAUCACAAUUUCCUACGUCGAGAAUUUAAUAACGAAUUUUGUUAAGUUUUCAGCAUUAAAUGGUUUAAUCUCAUUUCUAUUCUGGUACAGUUGCAUAAGCUAUUAAUCUUGGUUAUUAGAAACUUGUUUAUUUCAAAAGUUAUUAAAGGUGAAACUUUAUUUGUACGAGUUUUAACUUUCUUUAGGGAAUCGGUUCCUCGCGAGGAUACACACCCCUAAGUCACAUGACUAGUUGGAGAAAGCGUUGUGACGUAAUCAACGGAAGUUUCACGCGAUCGGAAUCAAGUUCAUUAGAAUUCAGAAAGUUGAUGAUUGUAGACGGACAUGCAAACCUCUCUCACCCCAUUGAUUGCUCAGUUCUCGUGUGAGUCAGGUCAAUUUUCAUUAAUUAGUAGCUGUAUUGGACACCAACUCUACUUUCUCUUAGGAUGUUCCUAGGGAAUAAUUUUAUCGCUCUUAAGGUUAAAACUUUUGUACGGAAAAUUGCCUAUUUAUUGAUCAGCAGUCUAAUUUUUUUUGUAUCAAAUAUUUUAAACGUGAGCACCGUACUUCGACCCGACAUCCAUACACUACUUCCUUCAUUGAAACAAUAAAUUUUCAUUAAAUAUUAACUAGUUCGUGAACCGAAGUUUAUUUUGUUUAAUAAUGUCUGCCGUAUUAUUUUACAGCUUGGCUUAAUUUUUUAAACUUAACACGAAACACGAUAGAGUCUCAGUUUGGUCCAGUCAAAGAAAGUGAUUGAGAAAUCUUUUAGGCUCUAUAAUUUAAAACGAGAUGAGAGUGUAUUCUAUACGAGUGUUAUUGUUAACUGAAACGAUCUGUAUCCGCAUAAAAGAUCUAGGUUUAACUAUUUAGAACCUUUGACAUUUAUCGUUGUUGAGGACGAGUUAACUCUACCUUUAUUUUCUCGUAAAACUAGCUAUUGUGAAAAGCUUUUUAGUAAAAUAAUCAUAGGUGUUAUCUCUUUCGCCAAAUAACCUAUUUCUCCUUAGAUGACAUCCCAGUAAGCAGUGAUCCAUGAUUAAUGCAACUCUUUCCAAUUUCGCUUUUCCUCUCUACACCGAUAGUCAUUUAGUGUCUCCUCAAUCGGUCACAGCUCGCAGUGCAAUCGACUGUCUACUUAACUAUUUAUACGGCUAUUUUUCAUACAAGUGAGAAAUUCAAAUUGCAAUCGUCCAUUAGCAUCUCGUUCGCUAUACGGUAGUUGUAAAUUGGAUCAAAGCGGCAAUGAUACCUUCCUUCUAAAUGCUAAUCUCAUUAUGGCUAUUAACGACAUCUUAGGCGUGAUCAUGAAUAAACCACAACAAACCGGACAAGUGCUGCAUAUAGUUUAGUCAAUCUCGUAAGACAAGCUGAUAGCCAUCCUUUAAAGACGACCACGUUAAUGGAUAAUGUUGUGUCGACCAAUUCGGGCAUUCAUUACGCUGUUUGUCCUUAGCGACGAGAUAAUCUGACCGCCGGCGUUGCAUUAAUCACGAAACUUGGGUUAAUUUACACUUGAUCCUUGUCUAAUGAAGGUGAUUUUUUUAUAGUCGGCCGUCUCUAGAGCGACGCCGGCUGUAUUGCUAAUAUCGUUACUGUUCGUUUGUUAGGAGGUACGCAAUAUAUGGCACCUCCCGUAAUUAUGAUGUAUCUGGACUAAUGCGGAAUGCCAUGGUUUCGCACCGCCUACUUUGAUGUUGAAGAGUUGAUGAGUAAAAGCGACUCGGUUCCUUUGUAAUUCAGCCGACUCAAUUGGGAACCGAGAUGAUAAUUGUCUAAGUUAGUCGGCAUCAAAAGAAGUCGGGGGUUUUUGUAUAGUUGUAAACGCAAAUUUUAACAGACGACAGGAAAAGAAUGAUAUUUCUACUUUCUAAUCUCCAAAAUGUGCGUCUUGACACCAUAUCUCAUCACCCCUCUCCGACGACUAUUAAGCCUCGACACUGCGCUAUACUUUACUGAAUGACGCUUUAAGUAUGCAUCCCGAUGGCUUUUUCUAUCUGGUUGAACGAUGAAACGGUGCUGUGCAAUCAUUCGCUGUCAUACAAGCUGUGCAAUAAAUCAUUUCACAAAACAAACAGUCUUGAAUCACCGAAUAUUGGAGGUUUAGUGAGAAGAUUUAAGAUGAAUCUGCUAAUGACGACGUAAAAGUGUGCUUCAGAUUAAUUUCUCUCGCUUUUUUUAGGCCAUAUUAAAAAAAGCUGGACAGAAUUAACAGCGAUAAGGAUUUAACUGACGAAAGUUAUUCUACCUGUAUGCCUACUCCGUCAUCGAAGAAUUCUUAUUAAAAAUUUAAUUAAGACUGACUUGUUGCCCCAAAGCACGGAGAGCUUUGCUUGCCUGUUUUUUUAAACUUUUCUUUUUCUUUAUAGCCUAAUUUCCCUUCUGCACUCAUUUUCCAGUUACACUUCUCUAUCAACACUAAGAGAGGAUGUAUGCUGCAAUUACUUUUUUUCCUACAUACUUUACAUAGUAUUAAGUAUAGGGAGAGCAAGCUUUUCUUGUUUACGAGCUACUCAGACGAACAAUUAAAAUCCCUGUCAAUUAAAACUAACUGUUGCUUUUGAUUUGAUACGGAAAUUUAAGACUGAAUUAAUAAAUUAGGGAACAUUAUCAACGAGCGCUUAAGAGAUGGUUAUUACAUCUUUAAUGAAUCUGCAUCUCAGAGAUAAUACUAAUAUUCUAUAUUCCUUCUCGGAUAUAACUUAUUUAGCGUUUCCUGAACUGAACGAAAAUUUCGUAAUAUUCCUUUCUGUUUAAACUGAAUAUAAUUUUAAAUCGUAAGCGGUAUAAAUUAUUAAUCAAUAGUAUUAUAAAUAUUCAACUUCUUCGAUUAUUGUUAAAUUAUAAUUUAUCAAAAGUGACUUAUUUAUUGCCUCGAACCAUAAAGAGCAAUAUUGAGUCUCGGUGUAAUUUUUUAAAGGCCGUUUUUCUCUGAUAGAAUCCGGUAUAAAUCUAUGUAACCGUUAACAAACUAAGAUUAAGUCGGAUGUUUUGAAAUUAAGUAGAAAGAAAGUUCCCAAUGAAUGGCACAGGACGCUUAUAAUGCGAGUAGAAUUAAGUUGGAGUGUAAAUGUUCUUUGAUAACAUUUAGUUUUGGAGUAAGAUAUUAGAAUAAAUUCUUUAAUAUAUGUAAGUACUUUUGGACAAAGUCAUUGUGAGUGAUUGUGUGUGCACGUGCAAGCUGCGUUUAGUAAAUGCAGACUCAUCAUAACUGCCUCUAAUUACUGCAGUCACUGCCAUUCUAUCCGGCCACUCUACUAAAACAUUGUACGUCAUCCGAGAUGUCCGCAAUUUUGACGGCCUCUGAGACAAAUCGACGUUUUUUUAUAUCAAUGCAGCUCCCGUUACGUUGUGAUACUCGCUUUUGACAGAUGAGACACACGAUCUCGCCUCGAAAUUAUAUGCGUCUCUAGGAACUUACACGAGCUGCAAAGUUUCGCUUUUUAUUCCUCCACUAUUUAAAAUGAAUUCUAAAACAUUCUUCUUAGCUUCGUUUAAUCUUUUAUAGGAUAGCAAUAUGUGUUCUCUUCCAGUCAGAUUACGUUUUAAAAACGACGAUGAGAUAUAAAAUUUAAUCGUAAUUUAUCUUUAAUUCUUUUGACGUUAUAAAAAUAUUAAGAAAUAUCGUUUAGAUUUUCGUCUGUUAAAGUGCCACAUAUUUAAAUAAGAUUUAUAUAAAAGCUUGGAAAAUCAUUUAUCCAAAAUAAGUUUGCAAUAACACUAAGCAAAAUACAUUAUUCUUAGUCUAAAAUUGAUCGAUGACAGUAAAGAUGACAUUUUUCAAUAUAAUUUCGGUUCGGCGAUGGUCCUAAUCAUGGGGACGACACCAGCAGAAAAAAUUUUUUUUUUGAAAAUCUGUACGAGUACGUGAAAACGCAUCACUCAAACUUAACAUUGUGUCUUUCUAUAUUGUUAGGACCUAUUGUAUAAACAGAUAUCACAUCCAUCCCUCUGUAUGCUUUAGUUAUCGGGUUUUUUACACGCGCACAUGACAUACCCCUUGUGUGUCUAAACGUUAUCUAAAACUCCAUUGACUGGAUUCUGUCAACAACACCAGCUUAUCUCACUCCUGGAGGCUGGCGUUUACACCCUAACAUUAAUUUAUGUAUUGUUUAUCCUGACUGUAUGAUUAAUCGCCGCACUAUGUACAAUGGCCAGUUACGAAAUAUGUGUGAAAUAUGAACAUCGACACAUUUCCAUUACGUUCUGUAAUAUUUAGGUCAGAUGGUUCCAUUUAACUGGUUUUCGUCACGAGAAAAAUUCUAUUAGAUCUUAAAGGAAGAACCGAUUUAAAAUAUUUUCAUAACCUAUUUAUAUUUUAGAGACCGUUUAUUGAUAAUACAAGAAACCUAGGAAAAUUGUGGAUGGAAGAAAAAAGCGAAUUUAUUGUAGACGAUGAUGAUUUCGUUAUCGUCGACAUUGUGAAAGAUGAACCCGAUAUAAAUCCGGAACAAGAAGAAGAUCUAACGACUUUUGAAACGCAAGAAUUACAGAAAUUAGAUGGAAGCAGGACAUUAGAAAUAGAAAGAAAGUUUAUAAUACCAAACAAUUGCGAAGAAAAGAUAAAGGAUCUAGGAGGCCAUCUUGAAGAGGAGGAGGAAUUUACCGAUCACUAUUAUGAUACUUCGAACUAUAAACUGACAUUAAAAGAUCGAUGGUUGAGAAGUAGAUCCGGAAAAUGGCAGAUGAAAUAUCCAAUGUGCGAAAAAGUCGGCGACAGAUCAACAACAAAAUAUUACGAAACGGAAAAGGAAAACGAAAUAAUCAGCAUUUUAAACCAAUUCGGUGAUCGCUGUUUCGAGAAGGUUCAAGAUUUCGUUCGAUCGGAGUGUCAACCUAUCGCCGUCAUUCGGACUCGGAGAAAGACUUACAAAAUUAAAGAUGCACGCGUGUGUUUGGACCUAACCGAUUUCGGGUUCCAAACGGGAGAAGUGGAAGUGAUCGUAAGAGAAGAGAAGAAUUUUUCAGAAGCGUUACAAUUCGUCAACGAACUGGCUUUCAAAUUAGGUGGUUCAGCGAUAGCCGAAGGAAAAGUCGAAAAUUAUUUGAGGACGAGAAAAUCCUCCUUAUACGAUCUGCUUGUGAAGAAUGGAGUGUUAAAUCCCUGCUAAUUAUUUUACGGGUAUUUUUUUUUCAGUAUAACUUUUGUUUUAGAGAACGUGUUUUUUAAUUCUUGUAAACGUUUAUUGAAUUGUAAACAUUGUCAAUCGGGAACUUUAACCAAUGAAAGAAUAACGGCCUUUGUUAUUUGUUGUUCAUUUGCAUAGGUUGGUUAAAGUUGUAAGAUGUUACAAGAAGCUUAUUGGAUGACAUGGGUAGAAAGGAUUGUAUCAUUGGAUGGCGUCACAGUUCCUUAGUUUAGUUGCAUCCCAUUGGUUCGUUCUCAGUGUGCCAAUCGAUGCCUCCUUUUCUUGUUAUUUUGCUACUUCAAUAACAAGUUGUGGUUGUCAACAGUUAGGUGAAAAGGUUGGACGUUACGUUACCGAUAAUGUUGACAUUUUUCUCAAACGUUUAUUUUAUCGAAAAAAAAAAUACGCUACGAUAUUUAAAUCGAAACUCCCAAUAUUUGUAUUUAAUAUUUCAACGUAUAAAAAAAUUAAUUCUUUAGAAAGUAUUAAAGAAAAAAUCUUUCCGAUUUUAUCGAUCAUGGAGACGACGUAGAAAAUACUGAGCCCAUUAAGCAUCGUAUCAAGUUUCGUGCUAUAGUCUGUAACGCUAUUUUACAAAAAGAAAAAUAAGGAAUUGUAGCUUGAUGUAUUUUGAUACUCGGAAAAGGUUGGUUUAUUUUGCAGCAUGGGAUCUUAUCCAUCAAUUCCUUAACAUAUAUUUGUUUCAUGCAAAUCCUACGGUGUAGAUUUUAAAAAUCCCAAGCGACUUUAAAUAACCACAGUAUUUGACGUUAUUUGAGUCAUGUCUCUUCAUCAAUAGUCCUGAGCCAAGUUGCUUCUGGUCCCCAUUCCCCAAACCAAGCAUUACUUCUGUUAUAGACGAAUGGAUAGUGGGCAUUUUUCGCGGUGUUAGAGAAUAUAAAAGCCCUCUGUGCCCAAUCCGUCUUGUUUUACUAUGCUCGAGUAUGAGAGGCUUUUUUUUUAAACUAAAACAAAGAGGCAUUGCUUUCCUAACUGAUUCCGAUUCAAAUUGACUAAUUGUAAGCGGGAAAAAUCCGUUCGGUUCGAUACGAAGCGGUUAAUGUCGAUUAUUAUUUUAAAGAACUGGAGAAAAUUAUGCACUUUAUAAAAGCAAAAUCUUGUCACACACUGGCAACUGACGGGAAAUUAGAAAACCGGUCGAAAGACCUAGCUUUAUUGAUUGAUUGAUUAGCUGUAAGCGGUCGACUAUAAACGUGUAGACAAGCCAUUAGCCGGACAACCAACUCCCCCAUCAAAAACAAUGGACAGAUAAACCCUAAGUGGCCAUCCUUUCACCGCCUCCUAUAGCAGCCUUCUCUUUUGUUGUUUUUUUCUUCUGUCUCCUCUUUCUUUCAAUCGAAACACACAAAGACAGCAGUAUGCAUCAAAAGCCAUUAAACACUACGACCAACUGUCUCCAAAGCCAAACAGUUAUAAAUCACCAACUCUCAAGUACUCUUACAGUUGGUCGGUUAGAAGAAAAUUAAUUUAUUUAAUGCCCGAAUGAGGCUUUUAGGUCUCCUGGGAGAGCAAAAUCGUACUCGAGGAUGAUUAAAAAAUUUAUAAAACCAAUACUUAAUUCCACGUUAAUUCUCCUCCCGCUUUUUAUCGAAGUAAUUAUCGGAUAUUUUUUUUCUAAUAUUGCUGGAGUGGCUUUUUUUUUUAUUUUUCACUUUUUUAGAUCCAAAGAUGCUUUAUAGAUUUAAAUUAUUACUAAAUUUUUAUGAUGAAGUUUUCGACUUAAAAUAUUUUAAUAUUAAUUUUUUAGUUAAAAUUUUUGAAUUUUUAAGAUGUUUUUCAAAUUAAAAUGAAGGGAAAAAAAAACAUAAUUAGAUGCGGCACAGUCUAUAUAAUGUAGCAGAUUUUAAUAGUCUAUAAGCGUGUGAUGAACGAGACUGGAAAGGUGUAGUGUACAGUACAUCUGUGUCCGGAUAGUAUGGCAAUAUGCUGAAAAGAGCCUUUUUCAUAAUUUCCGCACGAUUGAUUCACUGCAAAUUGCCGCAGAAGUCGUUAAUUGUCCGAGUCAUAAAAAAUUCUUUAAUUAUCUUCCUUCGUUUAUGAGCUUGUUUUUAUCGCGCUUCCGGUGACGUCAUAUCCGGAUGUCCAUUUUCUCCAUUCGCGAUAAUGGUCAAUAGAUAAAUUGGUCGCGACGGAGUUGACAGCAGUCUAUAGCCGGCAGUCCACAGACAGUUAUAAUAUACGCUUCGGUAAUUCUUUCGCUUGUAAGAAAGAACAUUGAUCCACAUCCUCAUUAAGAAGAAGCUUUUGAUAUUUCAAUUUAAUUCGCUAAAUUUGUUGGGGGUUUCGGUCGCAAAUUGCAGGUACCGCGCUUGUUUUAACUGGUGGAUAUGUUGAUAGUCUAUAUGCAACAGUUUUUUUUUUUCUUUUUAUUAUUGAAAGGAAACCAUAAGAGUUAGCAGUGUAUGGCAUUUGAUGGAUGAGGAUAUAUCUGCUAGACUUUUGGUACCAGAUGAAAGUUGAUGAGAGAUGAGGUUUAUGAUAGAAGGCAUCUAUUGUCUUUCAAAAGGCCGAUCUAUCAUACCUUAACUUGGCAAUUAAAUAGGCAGCGACGACUAUCCUUAACUCUUAAGCACAGAUUUUUUUCGAGUCUCUUUCACCCUGCCAAAGUUUUUAAUUUCUUUACAUAAUUAAUAAAUCUCUAUUCAAAGAGUAAUUCCGGCUUAGUGUUUUUUAACGAUUUAUGAUUUUUUUUCUAAUUUUCUCCGAAGCGACGAAAAAAUUUGAUUUUGAUAAAUCUUCGUCGCUCUCCCGAGAUAAUUUUUAAUAGUUAACGUAGUUUGAACCGAUUUGAGAGUUUUAGAGAGCAUUCAUUACUUUUUCUCGAACGUAUUGCCGAGAAGUUAAAUUUAAUUAGAAUUACCUGGUUGAUAGCUUUUGUUUGCUUUUUAAAUAUUCAAAGAGUCUGGUUAAAAAAUUUAAAUUCUUAUCUCAAACUAUUAAAAUUUCAUUAGCAGAUGAUUCGCUUCACUUUCAACCACGAGAAAUUCUAUUUUCCGAACUUUAAGCAGAAUUUACAUUUUGUUUUUAUGAAUUGAAACUAAUAAUAAAUGGAGCGAGUUCCAGUAAAGAUGGAUAGAGAUGCUUUUAUCGUUGCUUUUAUCAUAUUUUUCGAUUGAUCGUUCGCUUUAAAUCGAUAUAUUACGAUCGUAAUAUUUCGCAAUUAAUAUUAAUUUCAUCGAAAUAUAAAAAGUCUCAUAUUUAAAUAGCUAUAAAAGUAGCAUUAUCAGUUUAUAUCUGAUACACGCAUAGGCCACAUGUCUAUGUAUUGACCGAUUAUUUUCUAGGUUAUUGAGGAAAUCCAUAUUAUUGAACUAAAUGAUAAAUUCAAACAGUCUGAAUUAUUUAAAUCUUAUAUUUUUUUCAUUAAUUUUUUCGAUAAAGAAUAAUUUAUCGAAACUUUCAGUUUGUUGCUAUUUUAUAGAUAUAUUUUUGUCUAGAAUUUUAUAUGUUUUAGCUGUAGUAUUAGGGAGAAAAAAGAUGCGAGGAGGAUGUGUUCCAGGAUCGUUUCAUUAAAUUAGUUGUAUUGUAAAUUGGUCGGCUUUUCAAGAUAGACAAAUAGCGUCGUUACGUUGUACGGUAACAAUAUGGUUCAUUUACAGUCUAAUGGAGGCUUCUUAGAAAAAAUUAUUUUAAAAUAUUUUUUUAUAUCUUGAAUGCAACUUUAAAUAUCACAUAAAUCGAAAUUAAAUUACAUAAUUGGAUUAAUAAAUUGACCUUAAUUAGUCAUUCGAAACGAUUGUUUUUUAUUUUUCUUUCUUCUCGCCAUCAAUGGAAAAGGUUUUUCUAUCUCUUAACAUUUGAGUCACGGACCAUCCACACUUGCUUCAAGUGGUUGACAACAGAAGGACUUGUUCUCUGCUAGUGACACGUGAUCACCUAACAGCACUUCUGCCAAUCUGAUUGAGAUGGUUAGAUCAAAGAGAUCGCUGAAAAGAUAAUUUUCCAAAUGACGAAAUGCAUAUUUUUGCCCGUAGUUAAUUACUAGAAUUUAAUACAAAAUGCAUUAAUAAAGAGUAAUUUACUACGAUGGAAUCGAUUUAAAUCUGCCUAAUUGUUUUUUUUUUGUUAUUUAAAAUUUAAAUACAAUGUUUCUACAUAAACGAUUUUGCAUUUUAACAGAUAUGUAUUUCCGUCGCUAAACGUGGUUCGUAUGACGAAACAAAAAGAUGGAAGAAUAAAAAGAGUAAUACGUUUAACCCGAACAUCUGUUAACAUAAUCUUUCUUGCACCAUUGACAUAAAAUUUACAUAUUUUACCAAUUUUCCGAAUAUAUCCCUUUAAUAUUGCAUCUUGAAUAAAGUAUAUUUGUAGCUAAAAAAGACAAGAGAGCGUGUAACCGAGAUUGGUUACAAACUUAAAUAUUAGAAUUCGACUUAGUUUUUUUUAUUCGUCUAAUGAUUUGUUGAUGUUGGUUACCGAUCCUAUUUAAACAUUUACAGUAUUGGCAGGAAAGACAGGACACGUGUUCUUUGUUGUCGUCACGUGACUGAUGUCCGGUUUAGCGGGUUGCCAUGGUAUCAAGGCGUCAUUUCCUACAUCUUUAGCCCGACGCGAAACGUGACAUCACUUCCAGGACAUUUGGACCGGUAGUCACGUGAAAUUACAGGGCCCCUGUAAAUGUGUUUUCGCCUUUAGACAUUCGUGUCUUGCUAAAAUGAUCGACUAAUGCAAACCCAUUAUUGAAAAUUUUAAUAUAUUUGGGAAUUACUUUUCGACUAUAAAUUUGCAGUUUCGGAAUAACUUAAUAGUGUUUCCAAAAUAUCUUCUUUUUAGUGAAAAAGUUGCAUUUGUAAUUCGAGAGAGUAGUACUUUCAUUGAUGGCAGUUACCAAAGCAUCAGUUCUCUGAACUUUUGUCUUCUUUCGAUCGACUUAACUUUUGGCUGAUGAAUGGAACCUGUCGAGAUUGAUGGUUCUUUACCUGGAUCCACAUGGAUUCACAAUCUUCAAUUCUACACUUUUUAUUCGAAAUGUCUCGUUUAAAAUGACUUUUAUUUUGCCACUUCUUAGUUUUAAUCACGGAGAACGAAACUCCGAGAACAAUUACUUUUCUAGAUUAAUUUAUUGAAUGAAUUUUAUUUUCAGGUGUUUUUUAAAGGACGAAUCUCUCUCUCUCGAGUUUGCAUUGAAAACUAAUAACGACGAGAGUUUUGAUGUAAAUUGUAAAAUGCAAAGGGGGGAAAAACAUAUAAUUUAGUCUGAUAAUCAUUAUAAUAAAGAACAAUCAAUAAACCUUCAUAAUAUUUAUGAGCCCAUUCCCGAUUUCAAUUUUUGUAUCUUUUCUUGCAUGAAAAUUAUAGUUAAGUCAGCAGCUUGGGAGAUGGUGGAUUUAUCGAAGAUGAUGAUGCACGAUUUUCAUAUUUUUUUCUUAAUAGUAAACGAUUUUUCAGCGUUCGAUAUCGGAAUCAUUUCUAAUAAUCAUAUAAAAAUUCUUCUAUUGUAAUAUACAAGCGAAAGAAUAGGUUAUUUUUCGCUUCCAAACGGAACAGUUUUGUCAUUCAAUAACAGCUGGUGCAAGUUACAACCAUAAUUACUUCUUCCAAUAUUAGUGUGUCGAUUGAGAUGCUUCGGUCUCUUGACCACAUCGCCGUCCAUUCUGAAGAAUAAAACUUCACGGAACUAGUUUCUAUAGCAACGACUUUAUCUCAUUACGUUAGUGUGCAAGAAGUGCUUACUAUUAUACACUAUUUAAAAAAAAAAAAAUACGAUUCCCGUCCACUCUAGUAGAACAACGAAUGGAAUUUUCUGUACCGUGUAAGCUCAAUGAUCUAUCUACCUUCUCCCCAUUCUUGUGUGGAAAUGCCAUUUAUAUAUAUCUACGUCUACUCUUACUGUUCUUGUAAAGCGGGGAUUUUUCAAAACGUAUGCUAAAUCUCCUUUUUCAUCUUUCGACGGUUUUUCCGUAAUUUUUUCACUCUAAAUUAUAGUUCAGGCUUAGAGAGAGGUUUUCCUCCCCCUCCUUCCUGCGCGUACCGUCAGAGAUAAAGGGAAAAAAAACCUCCAAGCUCUGCUGGCUCUUACCUGUUCCCUCAGCUGCUUUAAUAUCGAUUUUUUAAAACUCGCUCUCCUCUCCUUCACUAUAGCACGAGCACGUUUAUCGACUAAAAAAAAAAUAGAAUACAAAAAAAAA